AUGAAUAUCCCAGCUUCAGAAUCAGAAGUUCAGAAAUCUCAUGAAGAAAGAUAUAAAAAUUACUUUUUGGAAUCUACUAAAAAUUUAUUAGAUGGUGAUAUUGACGAAUCACUUUCAGAAGAAGGCACAAAAUUUAUUCAUAAACAUAAGCUUCAGUUUAUUGACGAUGAAGAAUACCCCUGUAUAUUACUUUCACCUCCUCUUGAUUCUGAAAAAUUCAAAAAAGCAUUGAAAAAUGUAACAUAUGCAACAAAUACGAUUAAGAAAGAAGACCAUGAUAUUUACACAAAUUAUUAUUUAAAUAAAUGCACGGGUGUUGAUAAAGUUUUUGAUUUGUUAGAUAAAAUAUCAAAAGAAACAAUUGGUACAUAUAAAAUUUUAUGUGAUUGUGGUUUCAUUAUUGAAGAUACCAAUAAUGUUUCAUAUGAAAGAACAGCACCGAAGGAAGACGAAGUGGAAAGGUCUAUACCAUUCGUUAUUAAGAACAUAAAAGAUAUGAAAACUUAUAAGCAUUAUAUUUAUUCAUUUAUUUCAGAAAAAAUGGAAGCAACCCAUAAAACAUCAUCUCAUCAUUUUAUAGCUAUUCAUACAUUCCUUUUCAAAGUUGUGAAAUUAAAUAAGACAGGAAUUAGAUUUAAUGUAUCAGGGUACGCAUUCUUGAGUAAAUUAAAAUGUAUUCGUCACGUCGCAGAUGAUAAAAAUUUAUGUGUUCUUAAUUCAUUUUAUGGACUUUAG